ACGCUAAGUGAUUAGUCGUAGUGUAGUCGGUCGGCGGCUAUGUUAAGUACUCUAUAUUAAAACAUUAGUGAGUUAAGAUUUUACAUUUCAGUUUCCAUUUUUUUUAAAUUACUACUAUGAUAUAUGUCAUACGUAAAUAAUUGAUCAUCGUCUCGUUUCAAUCAGAUAUCGUGAUAAUGGCUUCGUCGAGUUCAUCGUCGCCGUUGGAAGACUUGGAAACCCAGUUGGAAAUGUUUGUGGAAAAUGUGCGACAAAUACGAAUAAUAGUAGCCGACUUCCAACCCCAAGGGCAGACUGUAUUGAAUCAAAAAAUUCAAAAUGCCGUCACUGGUUUACAAGAAAUUAAUAAACUGAAAUCUAAUGUACAAGACAUUCAUGUACCUUUGGAGGUAUUUGAGUAUAUUGAUAGAGGGCGUAACCCUCAGCUUUAUACUAAGGACUGUAUAGAAAAAGCCUUACAUAAAAAUGAACAGGUCAAAGGAAAGAUUGAUGCUUUGAAAAAAUUCAAAGCCAAUGUACUCACGGACUUGGGACAAACAUUCCCUAAUGAACUUAAUAAGUAUAGAGCAUUACGUAGCAAUUGUUAUGGGGGACCAAAUUCCCAACAGCAACAGCAAAGCUUACUUGGAGGAUCAAGUUUAUCAAUUCAACAGCAGCAGCAACAGUUAAACAAUGCUUCUUCCAUAGUGUCAUCUGCCUCUUCUUGCUUAACUAACUCUCAACAACAAUCAAAUUCCCCGAAUAUUACAUCAUUAUUGGGCUGUGAUGGUGUUUCCACUGUAUCUGCUGGCAGUAACAGUAACAAUAUCGGGGGCCCUACAGGUACCUAGUAUUAAUUGCUUAUGUCUUUUAAAUUGUGUAUAUAUAUACAUUGUAAUUAAUAAUUUCAAGAUUUGAGAUCUUAAAUUGUGUUUUUGUGAAUUAUAAAUUUACUCAUUUAUUAUUUUCUACCAAUAUACCAAUAAGGUUGGUAAUAAUAAUGGGUGGCGAACAAUAUUGAUAAAUUUAGUACUUUUUAUAUCAAUCUUAACUACCUAACUUUUUUGUAGACAUUAAUUAGUUUAAUUGAAUUACUAUUAUAGAUUAACAAUAUAGGUACAAAUUUUUUUUUAUUAUUAUUAUUUUGAGUUUA